CUCCAGUUGAAGACUACCUCUUUGUCUCUCUUCCUCCACUUGCCCUGUUUGGCACAAGGCAUUACAGCAAGGAGAUGUAGAUUGCGAGUCAUUGAACCCAUCGCUUUCCUCUAUAAAUAUGUGCCACUAAUCUUUGCAGCACCAACUAAGGUCUCUGGGAUCCAUCAAUGGCGGUGGCCUAGCUUCUCUGCCUUCCCUGCUCACUUUCUUCAAGUGGUCAAAGGAACCAGCGAAAUCUUCUUGCGCAGGUUCUCCCUGUUUUCAAUGAGAAGAUAAGUUGUCUGCUAAUAGUUCAUGGAGAAAGAAAGAUUUCAAGUAGACUUGGGAUAAAGACACAGAGAAACAUAUAAGAAGAAGUGAGCACUUAGAGGGGUGGCGAGUUGUCGAGGGUUGUGCGUCCCCCCUAUUCCGCGGCUCCAAAACCGGCUUUUAAUGGUGUCGGGGGUGAGCAAAUGAAUGAGAAGAAGUGAAGGUAACGCCUUCGGCCUCUGUACGAGCCAUGUGAACACUCCUCUGAUAUCAGUACCCUUCCUUCCAUCUUCGAUCUCUUGCAGUAUUCUUAAGCAAAACGAAGAAGAAAGGCCACCGCGUCUCUGUAGAAAGAAACACAUCUCAGUAUGAUUUCAUUCUGAGUUCUCCUGAUUUGCUUAAUCUCCUUCCUUUCAGGCUCCGAAGCCUAUUCGGAGAUUUGUAGCUCCAUUGGAUUCUGCUUCGCCAUUGUAUCUCCCACUGCUCUCAAGAUCGCUGCUUUGAUAGGGGAUUAUUACGGGGUCCAAACACGAGAAGCGGAGACUUGUUGGAGGGGAUGCUCAACGACUAUGUCGCUGGCAAGUCUUCGGCCAAGAUGAGGGCUCCUAAGAUUGCCUCCUCUAGCCUUGUUGCGACGCUCACCUGCCUCCAGUUCGCCUUCGCCAUGUACGCCACCUUCCUCCUCUACUACAUGAGCCCCUCCGUCGACCUGCGCAGCAAGGCGGACUUCUCCUGGGCCACCCGCAUCGCCCAGCACUGGAAGCAAUUCAUCGGCCACCCGCAUGUGAUGUCGAGCAUCCAAGACAUCCCCGCCGUCGUCGACUCGCCCGCUGCGGUCUGCGAGUUCGAACAGAUUGAUUUCUCGCAGAAGAAAUCGGACGACGCACUGAUGAUCAAGCUGAAGAGGGAGCUCUACGACGAGGUGUUGGCGUUCCAGAAGGCAAACUCGGGGACCGAGUCCCUCGCGGAGCUCACGAGGAUGAAGUCCAAGUGGAGCCGCGGCGGCCCCAACAUCCCCAAGAUCACUGUGAUCUUGAACCAUUUCAAGAGGAAGACGCUGUGUGCUCAGCUGGAUUCGUUGCUGAACCAGACACUGCCGUUUCAUCAUCUCUGGGUGCUCUCUUUCGGCAGCCCAAACGAGGUCUCACUGAGACGAAUCGUGGAGAGCUACAACAAUUCGAGGAUCAGCUUCAUCAGUUCAAGCUACGACUUCAAGUACUACGGGAGGUUUCAGAUGGCCCUACAGACUGAAGCCGACUUCGUGUAUAUUCUGGAUGACGACAUGAUUCCUGGCAAGAAGAUGCUGGAGAUACUGUCCCAUGUCGGAGGGACAGACAAGUACAGGAACUCGGUUCUCGGCAGCAUCGGAAGGAUCUUGCCUUUCCGGCAGAAGGACUUCACAUUUCCAAGUUACAGGAAGUUCCUGUCUAAGGAAGCAGGACUGUAUCUUCCCGAUCCUGCUUACGAUAUCACCGUCGAAAGGAUCGUGCAGGUUGACUUCUUGUCAAGUUCUUGGUUUCUGUCCGCAGAUCUCGUCAAGACGUUGUUCGUGGAGACGCCAUUUACUUUCAUGACCGGUGAAGACCUGCAUCUCAGCUAUCAGCUUCGGAAGUACAGAGACGCAGGAUCGUACGUGCUGCCCAUAGAUCCCAGUGACAAGGACACAUGGGGUGACAGUGAGCACAGACUCGCAUAUGUUUCCGAGACCACCGUCAUCUUCAAGGAUGUUGUCCGAGUCCGGGAUGACCAAUGGUGGCGUGCCUUGUCCGCCGGUUAUGUCACUCAGUGGGCUGCCAUGUACCCUCAGAAAAUAGACGCUCUGUUCUACGCCCAUUCCCUCGGUGAAGUGAGAGCCCUUGCCCCUCUUCUCGAGAAGUUCCGUACGACUGUAGGAAGGAAAGCCUACAUCGUCGUCUCCGGUGGGAGUUUCUGCUCUUGCCAAGAAGCUGUGACUGUUCUCAGGUGGCCGGAGAACGUUUGCAGGGAGAGGAGGUUCAAGAUCUUCGACCUGGAAAUCGGAGCGAUCUCAGGGGCGUCGAACUCGGAGGUUCCGGUGGUGCAGGCGGUGUACUCCAGCCUGAAGGGGCUUCUCAAGAUCCACAACCCAAGUUUGCUGAUCGCAGUCGAUGAUGUCGAUCAAAAAGUGAAGAACGCGCUAAAGAUGGCUGCCGAGGGCACUGCAAACGUCACCGCUCUGGUUCUUCUUCCCAGGGCUGCUGUGCCAAAGGUUCUAUGGAUGGCUGAUCUGCGACCGAUUGCAUUGCCGAGUUGGAACCGGAUGCGGAUCACUGUGAACGUCAUCACCCAGAACCGUGCAACCUCUCUUCGGAGACUUCUUGGAUCUCUCCAGAAUGCGUAUUAUCUCGGCGACGAGGUGCGUCUCAGCUUCAACAUGGACAGCAAGGUCGACCAGGAGACGCUCAAGGUGGUCGGGUCCUUUCGAUGGGCACAGGGGCCAAAGUUCAUUCGCCGUAGGAUCAUCCAUGGCGGGCUGAUCCGAGCCGUGAGCGAGAGCUGGUACCCCUCCGACGACGACGACUUCGGCCUCCUGCUCGAAGAUGACAUCGAGGUCUCUCCCUACUACUACGUGUGGAUCAAGUACGCACUGUUGUCCUACCACUACGACCCCCAAGUCUCCCUCCCGGAGCUCGCAUCCAUCUCCCUGUACACACCCCGGCUGGUGGAGGUGGUGAAAGAGAGGCCCAAAUGGAACGCCACCGAGUUCUUCAAGAAGAUCCACCCCAACACACCGUAUCUGCACCAGCUCCCCUGCAGUUGGGGGGCCGUGUUCUUCCCCAAGCACUGGAGGGAGUUCUACGCCUACAUGAACGCAAGGUUCACCGAGGACGCCAAGCAGAACCCGGUGCAGAUCCCCAAGUCGAGGACCAACGGGUGGCAGGCGUCGUGGAAGAAGUUUCUCAUCGACAUGAUGUACCUGCGAGGUUACGUCAGCCUCUACCCCAACUUCCCAAACCAAGCAAGCUUCUCGACCAACCACAUGGAGCCCGGCGCGCACAUCAGCGCAAAGGACAACGUGGUGAAGCAUAACAAGGAGGACUUCGAGGUGCCAUUGAUGAAGGCCGAGUUCACCAAGUUGCUACCUGCAGGGAAGCUGCCUCCGGCUAACAAGUUGCCGGUGCUCAACCUGUUCAACCAGGCGGUGUCUUUGAAAGCCUUGAAGGCAGCGGGUGCGAAGCUUCGGCAGGAUCUGAUCAGCUGCGACGAGGCGGAGAUCGUCACGGUGGAUCACAGCACUGGUUUGCCCAGGAAUUGCACGAGGUUCUGAAUCACGAGUCCGAUGUCAACUUUCUGAAGCUAUUUGAAGAAGUUGUAUGAUUUUUUGGUUCUUUUACGAGGGGCUAAAUAGCUAAUCUGUCAUCACAAAAGAGUGACAAUUUGAUGAUUGCUUUUGAUGAAUGCCAUGACAUAGCUAUUGCUAAAUGAAUUGUCAAGUGUAGAUGUGUUAACACUUUGAUGACAAAUCGAUUUUGUUUGUACAUAUAAAUCUCAUGGCAUAGCUAUUGUUGCUAAGU